AGCUUGCUUCGUCAUUUCUGUCGCAGUGAGUUUCCGUGUUUUUGCCGCGUUCAAAGCAACUGGGAACUCGGAAAAAUACAAAGUCAAAUCAUGACGUCAGCGAUCUUCAGCUCGGAAGGUCGGAGCUCUCCAAUUCCCACGUUGGAUUUCCGAGUUGGAUGACCGUUCAAAUAGAUUUUUCCCAGUCGGAGCUCGUCUUUUUUUUUUUUUUUUAGAUCACAGUUGUUUUGAACUCAUUGAAGUCGGAAGUCAGAGAUUUCCGAGUUCCCAGUUGUGUUGAACGCGGCAUUAGCUACAACAACAUCUCACAUAUGCAAUGGUUGGUGUGCAGUGAUGGCUUUUAUAAAGAGGAAAGAACGAUCGAAAGAAAGGUUUUCUCUCCUGUUGCUGGACCUGGAAGAGUAUUACUUUGAACAGCACACAGUGUAUCAUGUGACAACCAGUUCAGCCAAAAAAAGAAAGAUCAGAGGGUCACUCAAAGUAUGCUCCAAAUCCAUCAUAUUUGAACCCGAGGACCAUGUGGAGCCCAUUUUAAAGAUUCCUCUCAGAGAUUGCAAAAAGAUUGAAGCGGUUGAAGAAAAGGACCAGAAUCCUUUCAAUGAGAGCAAACCAGCUGGCCUCACCAUUUUAUGCAAACAGGUGUACCUUAUCAAAGAGAACAAUGUGGUUGCACCUUACAGAGUUGAAAGGGGAGACAGUACCUUUCUCUUCCAUCUGGAAGUUUUCAGUAAAACGGAGGAUGUUGUCCAAACAUUACUUCAGCUGCAUAGGGCCUCUUGUCUGGACAAGCUUGGAGACCAGACUGCAAUGAUUGCUGCUAAUUUACAAUCCAGAUUGGCAAGAACUUCAUUUGACAAGAACAGCUUUCAGAAUGUUUCAGAAAUACCACACAUGGAAUGCGAGGCUGAGAUGGUCACUCCAUUGGUUACAAACCCUGGUCACGUGUGUAUAACUGACCAAAGCCUCUACUUCCAACCACUCAAUGGCUAUCCUGAACAGGUAGUCCGGAUCGAGCUCCAUCGAGUGAAACAAAUCUAUAAGAGAAGGCAUGGACUCAGGCCAUUGGGGCUGGAGGUAUUCUGUACUGAAAACGACUUCUGCUCUGACAUCUAUCUGAAGUUUUACAAGACCAGUGACAGAAAUGACCUCUACUACUACAUCGCCACGUUUCUGGAGAACCACAUGGUGGAACACACAGCGGAGAGUUACAUGCUGCAGUGGCAGCGGGGUCACCUCAGUAACUACCAGUACCUUCUGCACCUCAACAACCUGGCUGACCGCAGCGGCAACGAUCUGUCUCAGUACCCCGUUUUCCCCUGGAUCAUCGCUGACUACAACAGCACAGAGCUUGAUAUGAUGAACCCCGCAACUUUCCGUGACCUGAGCAAGCCUGUGGGAGCGCUGAAUAAAGAGAGACUAGAGAGAUUGUUGUCCCGGUACAGAGACAUGCCUGAUCCUUGUUUCAUGUACGGCAGUCAUUACUCCUCUCCAGGCUAUGUGCUUUUCUACUUAGUCAGAGUAGCCCCAGAACACAUGCUGUGUCUUCAAAAUGGCCGCUAUGACAAUGCAGACCGCAUGUUCAAUAGCAUUGGAGAAACGUGGAAAAAUUGCUUAGAGGGUGCAACUGACUUCAAAGAGUUGAUCCCAGACUUCUAUGGGAAUGACCCCAGCUUUCUGCUAAACUGCCUUAGUCUGGAUCUGGGGAAGAAGCAAGGUGGAAGCUCGGUUCAAGAUGUAGUUCUUCCGCCAUGGGCUGCAGAUGCCAGUGAUUUUCUUCAGAAGAGUCAGAAAGCGCUGGAGAGUCAGUACGUGUCAGAACACCUGCACGAGUGGAUCGACCUGGUGUUUGGCUUCAAGCAAAAAGGAAGUGAAGCCGUGGCAGCCCACAAUGUUUUCCAUCCGUUGACAUAUGAGGGUGGCAUUGACUGUGAUAGUAUAGAGGACCCCAAUGAGAAGAUUGCUAUGUUGAUUCAGAUCCUGGAGUUUGGGCAAACCCCGACGCAACUGUUCACCACCCCACACCCGCAGAGGAUAACACCCAGAUUCCAGAGCAUAUCGCGAACACCCAGUGUAAACACACCCCUCAACGAGCUUUCUCCAGCAUCCACCAGUGAAGACUCCUCCUUUGAAGACCUAACCGAAGAGACUAGGAGACUGGCUUGGAACAACAUAGCUAAACUCAAGUUGAUGUCCACCCACAAAAUCCAUAAAGAGGCUGUGACAGGCAUCGCAGUGACUCGGACCGCGUCGUCUGUCUUCACAACAUCACAAGACUCGACACUGAAGAUGUUCUCCAGAGAGUCUAAUGGAUUGCAGAGAAGCAUGUCCUUCUCCAACAUGGCAUUAUCGUCGUGCUUGAUGCUACCAGAGGAUAAGGCCGUAGUCUGCUCCUCGUGGGACAAUAAUGUGUAUUUCUACUCGAUACCAUUUGGCAGGCGUCAGGACACGUUGAUGGGCCAUGAUGAUGCCAUCAGUAAGAUGUGCUGGAAGGACAACCAGCUUUACACUGCAUCCUGGGACUCUACAGUCAAGGUUUGGCAAUGUGACUCUGUCGAUAUUGCGAAUAAUAAGAGAUGCCAAUUCGAGUUGCUGGCAGAGUUUGAACACGAAGCGGGGGUGAACACUAUUAACCUAAACCCAGCGGGUACUUUGUUGGUGUCAGGGACUAAGGAUGGAACUGCCACCAUUUGGGAUACCAGUAGCUCAGUACAACUCCAUCAAGUCCACUGUCAUUCAGGAAAGAUCCACGAUAUGGCCUUUAGUCCUGACAGCAGACACAUCUUGAGUGUAGGAGAGGACUCGUGUCUGAAGGUAAUCGACGUCCAGACAGGCAUGAUGAUCUCAUCUGUGCAAGCUGAUGAGGAGCAGCGGUGUUUCUGCUGGGACGGGAACACGGUCCUGUCGGGCGGUCAGUCCGGACACCUCCAGGUCCUGGACCUGCUAAGCAACAAAGUGACCACCAGGAUCCCUGGACAUUCAGGUGCAGUCACAGCGAUGUGGAUGAACGAGCAGUGUAGCACGGUGAUCACAGGUGGCGAAGACAAGCAGAUCAUCUUCUGGAAACUUGACUGUUGACCACGGUGCUAGAUAGUCCCUCUGUACGUGUAUGUACAGAGGUGAAGUCCAAGAGGGACACUCACAAUGAGACAUCUUUUAUACUGUCUGGCUCCAACCAAAGAGGCUAUCAUCGUCGGUCAAGGUAACUACUUAGGCUGGCUGGCCUGCUGGCUGGCUCACCCAGAGAUGGUAACGCAUUAUCAUUGCACAUAUGACUUUACAAAUAUACUGGUCCAGUUAGCAGGGACAACAAUCAUACUCCUGUCUGGAGUUCUCAAACAAAAUCUGAUUAUGAACAAUAUAACCAUCCUCAACCAUGUUAGCGUAACAUAUUAACCAUCCUCAACCAUGUUAGCGUAACAUAUUAACCAUCCUCAACCAUGUUAGCGUAACAUAUUGGCCAUCCUCAGCCAUGUUAGCGUAACAUAUUGGCCAUCCUCAACCAUGUUAGCGUAACAUAUUAACCAUUCUCAAUCAUGUUAGAGUAACAUAUUAACCAUCCUCAACCAUGUUAGCGUAACAUAUCGGCCAUCCUCAACCAUGUUAGCGUAACAUAUUGGCCAUCCUCAAUCAUGUUAGCGUAACAUAUUGGCCAUCCUCAAUCAUGUUAGCGUAACAUUGGCCAGCCUCAACCAUGUUAGCGUAACAACUUGGCCAUCCUCAACCAUGUUAGCGUAACAACUUGGCCAUCCUCAAUCAUGUUAGCGUAACAUAUUGGCCAUCCUCAAUCAUGUUAGCGUAACAUAUUGGCCAUCCUCAAUCAUGUUAGCGUAAUAUAUUGACCAUCCUCAACCAUGUUAGCGUAACAACUUGACCAUCCUCAACCAUGUUAGCGUAACAUAUUGGCCAUCCUCAACCAUGUUAGCCAAUAGAAAUGUCAAUUUGAAACUAGUUAGGGUGGUAUGGCGAUGAUUAGAUUCUGCACAUGCCCUCUUGCAGCAUUCCCAUGCUAAUUUUGCACUUCAAUGCUUUUGCCAGACAGUGAGUCAACCCAGGUUUCUUUAGAUUUGUUUUUUUACAUUAUCUUACUGUACAGCAUAUUUUGCUUUUCUGUCUAUUGUUUAAGCGUUCAUUCAGUUGUCAUAGUGCCUUAGUGACUGGCCAUUUAAUCAUGAUGUAAUUGACCACAUAGUGGUCGGAAUAAACCUCUGGCACAAAACAAACUGUAUAGCAAGCAGUGUUUCAGAAAUAACUGCAGUAGAGAUUAUCAUGACAAUAAAUAAAUGUACAAUGUAACACACUUUGAGCACCUGGAAAAGCUCUAUAUAAAUCCACUCCAUUCAUAGUAUUAUUAAAUACACACGUGCUACAUAAAAAUAUAUUCAUUCGAUUUAUUUUCCCCACAAUUUUCAUUUGAGAGCAGCAGUAAUUCAUUGCUAAUGCAUGUAAAAUGUCCAAGAGUUAUUGUAGACACACAAAAAAAGGAAUAUAUUAAUACACCUAACUGUUGAACUUACACUGAGGCAUAAUUCAAAAUAAUGUUUAUAAGCUCUUUGGCCCAACUGUAUUUGAGGAACUGCUUUACUGAGACUGAGUGGACUCAGGAACUCUCACCCAUGCAAAGAGUGCAUUUCUUUCAAGUUUGUCAACCUUGUUCUAGCAAGAUAAAUCUGUGUGUUACUGAAGCAUUGUGCUAUGGCCUAGACUGCCAAUGCACUGUGUAGCUAACCAUAUACCACCCUGUACAUCCAUUUUAACAGAGAUGACCCAUCUUGUUUUAUUACUUUAGAUUUUAUUUACAUUAUGUGGAGCUUAAACCUGUAUUAACAAGGUAGUUACAUAGCCAAGUACUGUAGAAUGUAAUUGCAGUAUUGGAACAUAGUUUUAAGUACUAUGAUACAUGUUUGCCAUUUGUGUAAAAUUACACAUUUAGACUUUUUUUAUAUGCAUCGGAUUUGUGAGGCGGAAACCUCCAAUUUAGAUGUGGUUUAACCUCCCCUUUUCCUAUAAAUAUUGCUUUCGAUUGCACAGUUGUCUCCACUGUGAUCAGUUUAUUUGCGAGUCCUUGUAAUCCUUAAACAGGUGUAAGUAAUAUGUAACAAAAUGUACUCAGACUCUAGUACCCCUACUAGCACUGUAAGUAAAAGCUGCCAGCAGCAUUUGGCCUAAUGGGAAGUAGCUAAAAACGAAGCAGUGCCCUCCUAGUGACGUAAGUGAAUGUAUUUGAGUGAGAUUGCUGAGAAAAACUAUGCUGUAAAUCGGGAUGUCUACUAUCUUUCAGGCCUCAGGGCUAACAGUGUUAUGUUGCUGCAGUAUGUCCUCCCAGCUUUUGUGUACUGUACAGAUCCUGCUCAAUAAAAUAUUGCACAUCUGUGAA